AUGCAGCAGCAGAAGCAGCAGCAGCACGACGUGGAGAAGCAGGCUGGACUUGAGGCUGCCUCUGCCUCUGGCCCUGGCACCGGCACCGGCACCACCGAACAAGAUCGUGAUCACGAUCACGACCAGCCAGCUCCUCGCUGGGCCACUGGGGAAAAGUCCAGGCCCAGGUCGAACUGGAAGCUGCCGAGUGUCAAGAUCAAGAUCAGAGACCACAUCAGUGAACAGGACGUGGUGAAUUUUCUGUGUGUGCUGCUCAACACCGCAUCGACGGUGUGUAUUGUGUUUGCGAACAAGGUCAUCUUCACCGACCCCCAGUUUCGCCAAUUCCAAGUGGGCACGGCGGCAUGGCACUUCUUCGCGACGACGCUGCUGCUGUUCGCCGCGUCCCGCAAGCCGUUCAGCGUCUUCCCGGCAGUGCGACUGCCGCUCAAGGAGGUGUUCCCGAUCUCGGUGCUGUUCGUCGGCUUCCUGCUGUUCGGCAACCUCUCGCUGGCGCUGAACGACGUGUCGGUGUACCAGCUGGCCAAGAUCAUGACGACGCCGACGGUGGUGGCGGUCAACUUUGUGCUUUUCCGCAAACGCAUCUCGGCCGCGCUGCUGGCGGCGAUCGUGGUGUCGUGCCUGGGCGUGGCGCUGACCAACAUGGCCACCGGAGCCGUCACCUCCAACCCGGUCGGCACGUACGUGGCCAUCGUGGCCUUUGUCACCACGGCCUUCUACCAGAUCUGGAUCGGCAAGAAGGUGCAAGACCUCGACGUGACCGGCCCGCAGCUGCUGCUGAACCAGGCGCCCAUCUCGGUCGGCUUGCUGCUGCUGCUGUGUCCUUUGACCGACACCAUGCCGGAUCUGCGCUCCGUCGAGCCCGCCAUCCUCGCCACUUUUGUCCUGUCGGGCGUCCUGGCCGCCGGCCUCAAUCUCAGCCAGUUCCUGAUCAUCGGCCGCACCUCGGCCGUCACCUUCAAUGUCGUCUCUAAUGCCAAAAAUGUCAUCAUCAUCGUCCUGGGCUGGUAUACUGUCCAUCGGGCCCCGUCGUGGCUCGACUUUAUGGGCGUCUCUUUGGCCUUGGGCGGUGCGGCUGCCUACUCUUGGCUGAGGAAGUGA